CCCCUCAAGGUAGCAUGAUGAGCCGCAAGUGUCGGACCACAGACCUCAAUACUCCAAUAGUGCGGAUGGGCACAUUCUUGGUGCGCCAUCAUCACCCGUGUCCCGUGUUCCGAAUCUUCACUCAAUGCGUGGCUGGCCACCGCAAACACAUUCCCACAUACGACCCAUUCCCUCCAAGGCGGUCACCAUGGCAUCAAGACGCUUCUCUCCCGUGGCUUCUAUCCUCCUUUUACUAUCGAUCCUGGCCACAAUGACAUCCGCUAGCGCAAUUUAUUCUCCAGUCAACCUCAACUUCCUCAUCCCUCGCCAGCAACAAACCAAUGCCACGUGUAGCGAAUACUCGACAAUCGCCAACCUCUCCAUCGUCGGCGCGAACUCCACAUAUCGAGCCGCUUUCCUUGCAGCUUCACCCCAAGGCGGCGAUCCGGCCCGUGCGCCACUCGAUACCGCAGAGAAGGAGCUGCCCGAUCUUCAAUUCGACACAGCGCUCAAUACCGAAUGCGGCAACUUGACUGAGAUCGCCAUCAAGGGAGCCGCAACGAACUUCACCAAUGGUGUGGUAUUGCAAUUCAAGAUCAAUUCUGCGGUGCCUUUAGGGGCUAGUGCUUCGGGAAUAGCAAUGAUCGCUGGGAUAGUUGUAGUUAUGGUCAUGGAGAUACUGUAGCGAGAUGGCUUGUGGAUGGACUCCUUCAGGAGUGGUGGGUUUGAGUCAGAUAUGUCAGCCAGGCUUCAUUGUAGUCAGUCAAUCACUGUCCAAGAAUGAUCAAUCCGG